UAUAAACGCAUGUCCCUCUAUAGAAAUCUGCGACCAUGGUAUGCACCUAUAGUAACAAAGUUGCUCAUGAGUGUUGCCUAUAGAAAGUUCUUGGUCUAACAUGAAUCACAGGAAUCAUUUGUCCAAGAUUUGAUCAAGAUCAUGACCAAUGGAUCGGAUGUUGUGUUCACGGGCUCUCUUGGCGAACAAAACAGAACCAUCGUCCCGAUAGAGCAACUCAGAUCUGCGAUAGAUCUUACCCCCGACCGCAUAGGCGGCAACUGGAUGUUACAAAUAUCAGAAUCCAGAGUUCUGAAGGUUGGCGAAGAAGUCAGUAUGGAUGAAGCAGAAGCAUUACUCUUAAUCGCCACAAAAACAAAGGUGCCGGUGCCGAAGGUUCACACUGCCUACACGAUAGGCGAGAUAGGAUUCAUCCUUAUGAGCAAAAUCGAGGGAAGUACCCUUGCAUCUUGCUUGGAGGAUAUGCCCCGCGAAGAGCUCCAGAGAAUUACGUACCAACUCAAAUCCUAUGUUUCUGAAUGGCGUGAGUUGUCCAGUUCGUUCUUGGGCUCUGUAAAUGGCGGGCCAUGCCACGACAUCAUCUUCAGACACCCCUGGGAUUAUACAUCUACCAAACAGUAUGGACCUUUCUAUUCCUUUGAGCAAUACCAGCAUGCUGUUGUGGAGGCACUCCGUUUAUCAAGGCCUCCCGGAGUCUGGUAUGAACAAGACGAAGCGCUCAAAGACAAAAUCCUAUCCUUUAGGAAAGGGUAUUCUAGUAGUCUGGGACUUAUGACCCAUGGAGACUUACAUCCAGGCAAUAUCAUUAUUAAGGACGGGCUAAUUCAAGGAAUAGUUGACUGGGGUGAAGCUGGGUACAGCCUUCCGGAGAGGGAGUUUUUUGCCGCUAAGCGUAUUGCUUUGGAUUCGCCCUGGGUUGAAAUGAUCGACUCUGCUAUCCCUUGCUUACAGAAAGAAUAUGAGAUUUUGAAUGAAGUCGACCUGUCAAUGAUGCGGUAUUCCCCUGUAUAGUGUUUAUCUCCCGUUCAACGAUAUCCAUGCAUUGCCAAUGUCGUUCUUGACCUUCGAUGACGCCAGGCCAAUUCGCUUUCCCCAAGCUUCAGCCGUUCCUUCCGGGACAAGUCCAUCCACCUCGAGGUCGAUGAACCCAUGUAUCACCCAAUUCUGGCAGUUUUCAUUCCCACCUUUCGGUGCCGGCACCUUCUUGAGUACGGACAUCACUGUUAAGCGCUCUGUAUUGUCGAGGACUCUUAUUUUGCAUAGACCCCACGCACUUUGGGAUAUCAGCCUAUGUGGAGCCCGAUGCUCGAAUUGAAACAUGUUGAGGUUUUCGUCGAUCAUCCUAGUAUGCAGAAGCUCACCAGUCCGUUGAGUGGUUUGGUGGAUGACGAAUCCCCAGUGGGCAGGCUCGUCCGUACCCGGGCCAAAAAUCCCCACAGAGAGUAGGUAGGCCAUGUUGGUUUAUAGAUUAUAGGGAUUAGGACAUGUUAAAUCAGUGGAGUUCUUUAUUCAAACUAGCCGCAACGAUCAUAGGCAUAAUAGAAGGGGUUGCUUAUCUAGACCGGGUAAACUCACAGCCAGUGUAGCUUUAAUAAUGUGGUUAACGCACUUUUCUAUGAUAUCUGAACCGGGGGACAGACUCUAUUUAUACCCGCCAUAUUACCUGAGAAGCACAUUUCAUUGGCAAAGACUGC